AUAACGAUAGACAAAUUUGUUGUCGCGUUGUCACAAAAAAAAAGGAAGAAAACUCCUGCAAAAAGAGUUUUUCUGGGCAUUUCACGCGCUUCUCUUGGAUAUCAAGGGCAGGAAAAGGCUAUAGCAAGCAGAUAAAAUAUGGGCAAGAAGGAGGAAAAGUCACAGCAGGGCGAGGAGCUGGUAAAGGUCAACAAGUGGGAUGGAUCCGCGGUAAAGCACGCCCUCGAUGAUGCGGUAAAAACCUGCCUCCUUGGCGAUCGUCCCCAGCUGAAGGAGCAAUUCGGCCUGGUCAACACCCGUUUGGCCCUCUGCGCCCUGGCCGUGUCCGUGGCCAUAAUGGCUCAUGCGUGGGACUUCACCCACCCCUUCCCGGAAUCCCGUCCAGUGCUCCUGUUCAGCGUUCUCGCCUACUUUGCCCUCCUGGGCAUUUUGACCCUGCACUCCAGUUUCCGCGAGAAGGGCACCUUUGCGGUGGCCCUGCAGAAGGACAAGGAGCGGGAGCGCCUGUGGGAGGCCAGCUCUGAUAUGCGCAAGUACGACGACAAGUACCUGCUGACCCUCAGUGUUCGCGACUCGAAAAAUGGCAAGAGACGCGAGCAGAGCAGCAACAAGUCCUGCGCCGCCUUCAUCGAUCAGAAUGGCAUUGUCCUGGACAACCUGGUGGCCAACGAGGUCAACCGCCUGUUCAACGCCUUGGCCGCCGACAAAAAGAGCGCAGGCCCCCUUGUUUCUAAUUAAACCAAAUUCCCCACUUAUGUCUCAUUAAACUGUAGCUUUUGUGGUAAGCCGACUGUUUGUCUUUUGUAAUAAGCGGAACAACUAUUAUAUGAAAUAAAUUCUUUGAUUUACAGCUUAA